AUUGCUACUGUCGUCCUUCAGCUGACAACAUUGGUUUCUUUCUCUCGUCUUCUGUCGCCGUCUUUCGCGAUCUUUCACGCGGGGGAGGUGUCGGCGCACAGAAUCUGCUACUCCUCCUCACCCACUUUUACCCCCGCCGGCAACCGGACGAGGAAGCCUGCAAAGAAUGGACACGGAGCAGACCCUUCUCGAAAUAUGCCCGGAGGACUGCGACCCUCCACUGGACGAGGAGCUGACCUGCGCCAUCUGCCAUUGCUUGCUGCGAGAACCGGUGGAGUGCCGCUGCCGCCACGUCUUCUGCAAGGGCUGCAUCAUGCUGUGGCUGCGUACGAACAGCACCUGUCCCCUGUGCCGAGUGUCUCUGCAGGGUACCUCCCUCGUGCCCGCCCAUCCACUUAUCCAGAACAUGGUUGGAAAUGUCAAGGUGAAAUGCCGCAGUCCUGGGUGCAGUGCCAGAGUUGCCGUGAGCGUUUACACGACGCACCUGGGCGAGUGCGAGUUCAAAGAGGUGCCGUGCCCUCAUGACCUGUGCGAGCACCGCUGUCCUCGCCGCACCCUCGAGGACCACGUCAAGACGUGCCCGCACCGGAUGCUGACCUGCGAACUGGGCUGCGGCGCGGCGGUGUCCGCGGUCCAGCUGGAAAAUCACAGCUGUAUGCUCAAGCUCAGACUACAAGAAACAACAGCUAGCCUGGAGAAGUGGCAGCAAGAGGCGAGUGAACGCAGCGAGCUGGUGAAAUGCCUAGAUAACACCCUCGCAGAGAUUAAGCUGGAGAGGGACGGCUGGAAGCUCAAGGCGGAGGAUGCCAGUCGCACGCUGGAAGGCUUAUGCAACGACCUUGGAAAGACGAUGGCGGACAGGGACAGUUGGAAGCUCAAGGCAGAGGACGCCAUUCGCAUGCUGAAAAGCGUACGCAACGACCUUGCACAAAUGACGGCAGACAGGGACAAUUGGAAGUUCACGGCGGGCAACGCCAACCUCAACCUGGAAGAGCUGCGUGACGUUCUCGCAAAGACGGCGGCAAACAGGGACAGUUGGAAGUUUAAGGCGGGUGACACCAGCCGCAAGCUGGAAACCCUACGUGAGAGUCUCACACAGAUGACAGCGGACAGGGACAGCUGGAAGUACAAGGCGGGUGACUGUGGCCGCAUGCUGGAGAGCCUACGUCAAAGCCUCACAGAGAAGACAGCGUACGGGGACAGCUGGAAGCUCAAGGCGGACGACGCUAACCGCAAGCUGGAAAUCCUACAUGAGAGCCUCACAGAGACGACGGCGGACAGGGACAGCUGGAAGUUAAAGGCAGAAGACGCCAGCUGCAAGCUGGAAACCCUACGUGAAAGCCUUGCAGAGACGACAGAAAACCGGGAAAACUGGAAACGUAGGGCGCUCAUGGCCAUCCGCUCGCAAAGAGAAAUGACGGCCGAUAGAGACAGCUGGAAGCGCAAGGCGGAGGACGCUAAAAGCACGCUGGAAAGUCUACCUGACUCUCUUCCAAGGACGACGGCAGACGGGGAAAGCUGGAAGUGCAGUGUCCUAUUAGAAAAUUGCAUUGCGGUGAUUUUGGUGAUUGUGGGAAUAGUGGGAAUUUCUGUAAUAACGGUGAAGUGACAGUGACGGCACCGAGAGAGAAGACAAUUAGAAAAAAAUUGGCAGGUGGCUCGGGCGCCUGUAUGAACUGUACUUCCGAAAAUCUGCAUGCAACACUGUGCACGUCUAGAUAUAGGACCUCUUUAGACAUGGACAGGAGUGGCAUGGUUUCGAUUUGGAUCGCUGCAUUGACGAAGUAGUGCACUUCAGCCCUGCAUGAAAAUAAAGUCAGCACUCGCUCGCAUUGCA